AUGUCCCUACCAUCACAACAAACAUCUGUAAAAAUUCCCAAAGAACGACGCCGAUCGUUUAUGGAUUAUGGCGGUGCAAAUUCUUUCAACAACUUUGCUUCAUCCUUCUCGCGAGCGCAGCAAUAUAGCGGCUCCUCCUUAAUGGAACAAUUUGAAGAUGGUCGCACCGCCUCAGUUCGGAGGUACUCGUAUCUGCCGUCCAAUUUACUUGGAGGUGAAUCAUCAGUCUCGCCAUUAAAUGAAGAAGCUGUAGUUGACGAUGAUUUAUCGAGAAGUGGGGGUUCUGAUCGAAUGGAGUAUUUUCAGUUCCCGCAAUCUAGUGGGGGUGAAGUAGGAGAUAGUGAGAGUGUGAUUGAUGAACUCACGCCCUUGGUGCCCACGAUAUCGAAACAGAAUAGUCACAAAUCAUUCAUUUUACGAAUGGGCAGCUCCACCUCCCCACAAACCAUUUUCAAUUCAAUAAAUACUUUGGUUGGAAUCGGUUUAUUGUCCAUUCCUUUUGGAUUUAGGUUAAGUGGCUGGGUCAUGGGUGUUCUUAUACUAUUGGGGUCAGCAUCGAGUACAAAUUUGACGGCAAGGUAUCUUGGAAGAAUCUUGAAGCACCAUCCCCAUUUAUUAACUUAUGGUGAUAUAUCAUUUGCUUAUGGUGGAAAAUUCUUUUCCAUCUUAGUCACGAUGUUCUUUGUUUUGGAUCUAAUUGGUGCUGCAUUGACAUUGAUACUACUUUUUACUGAUUGUUUUGUUGUCAUUUGGCCCCAUCCUGCUGGAUUGAAGAUCAUCAUUGUGUCAAUUGUAUUUUUCACCAGUUUGCUACCAUUGAAUAUACUCUCAAUUUUCAGUUUAUUGGGAAUAUUAGCUACGAUGGGGAUUAUUCUAGUGGUUGUAGUUUGUGGGUUUAUAAUUGAUAAAUCGCCAGGAUCACUUUUGGAUUUUGCACCCACGGCGCUAUUUCCAGCCAGUGCCAAAAAUUUACUAUUCAGUUUGGGAAUAUUUAUGAUGCCCUGGGGCGGACAUCCAGUAUUUCCUGAAUUAUAUCGUGAUAUGAGACAUCCACAAAAAUUUAGCCAUGCAAGUAAUAUCUCAUUUCUGGUUACUUUUAUGCUUGAUUUUGCAAUUGGUGCCACCGGUUACUUGAUGUAUGGUUCUGAAGUCAAUGAUUCGAUUAUUAAGAGUUUGAUGCAAAAUGUAAAUUAUCCAAGCUGGAUCAAUAGAGCAUUGUGUUUAAUUAUGGGGAUACUACCGAUCAGUAAACUUCCAUUAGUUACAAGACCAAUCAUUAGUUCAUACGAAAACAUAUUGCGUAUUGCGCCUCAUUACAAUCAAAAAUCAAUUUCCAACAAGGUGCUUAGAGUUUUUGCAAGAUUUUUGUUUUGUUGUUUAUUGUUAUUGAUUGCGUUAUUGUUUACUUCAUUUGGUAAGCUCAUGUCAUUCUUGGGAAGUGCCAUUUGCUAUACCGUUUGUUUAACGUUACCAUUAUUAUUUUAUUUGAAAUUGAACAAGUUGCAAAUUGGAACACUUGAAAGAAAUUUUAUUAGAGCUGGCAUAGUUGUUUCCAUAUCUUGUGCUGUUUUGGGUACCUACGCAUCCAUAUCCACCGAAACAACAAAAUAG